AUGGCAUUCGUCAAAGCAAUAAAGAACAAAGCCUACUUCAAGCGCUUCCAGGUCAAGUACCGCCGGCGCAGGGAGGGGAAGACGGACUAUGCUGCGAGGAGGCGCCUGACUCUUCAGGAUAAGAAUAAGUACAAUGCGCCGAAAUACCGCUUUGUUGUGCGCGUGACCAACACGCGUGUCCUUUGCCAGGUGAUGUACGCUACAAUGCAAGGAGACCGGCUUGUAUGCAGCGCAGACUCUAAGGAGCUUACCCGCUAUGGAAUUAAGAAGGGGUUGGCUGACGAGUUCGUGGGUGUCGAGAAGCCCACUGGCGAAGAGUACCAUAUUGAGGAGGUUUCCGAGGACCGCCGCCCAUUUAAAUGCGUGCUCGAUGUAGGGAUAGUUUCUACCACCGUAGGCAAUCGGGUCUUCGGUGCGAUGAAGGGGGCGUGCGAUGGAGGGCUUCACAUCCCCCACAGCAACAAACGCUUCCCUGGCUUUACGAAGGGCGAAGAAGGAGGAGGAUCCCGAAAGGUACCAAUUAUUUACGGGUUGCAUGUUGCCGAGUAUAUGCGCACGCUUAAGGAGGAGGAUCCCGAAAGGUACCAAUCGCAGUUCUCUGCCUACAUCCGCAACAAAAUAGACGCCGACAGCAUCGAGAAGAUGUAUCAGGAAGCAUUCCAGAAGAUCCGUGCCAACCCAGAUCCGGUAAAGAAGGAGGCAAGAGAAGUUAAGAGAGUCCGCCAGGGUGCCAUGAUCAAGACUGCCAAGUCACAGUACGUACGCAAUGUCAAGAUCGACAAGGAGACAAGGAAGGAGCGCGUCUUGAAGAAGAUACAAAUGGUGGCGGAGAAGAUGGCAGAGGAUGAGUAG